ACCAGUUGAGCAGACUGGACUUUAGUCAAUUCUACGUCCGAUUGUCGAGAGUACUGUUGAGUUGUCCUUCUUCUGUGAGCAAUUUGCACUUUUCUUCAGCAUUUCACAAUGGAGAGGAAAUUUUUUGUGGGUGGUAACUGGAAGAUGAACGGGAGUAAAGGAAAAAUCGAUGAGAUUUUAAAGAAUCUGGCUGAAAGUAGUCUGAGUCCGUCUACAGAAGUUGUAGUUGCUCCUCCAUCCAUCUAUCUGGAUUACGUCUGUUCAUCAGUCAAGUCAGACAUUGAUGUGUCGGCUCAGAAUUGUUACAGGGUGGCCACUGGAGCUUUCACAGGAGAAAUUAGUCCUGCCAUGAUCAAAGACAUUGGCUGUAAUUGGGUGAUCUUGGGACAUUCUGAGAGAAGGAAUAUUUUUAAAGAGAGUGAUGAGCUGAUUGGUGAGAAGGUUGCCCAUGCUUUAUCAGAAGGAUUGAAAGUGAUAGCUUGCAUUGGAGAACUUCUAUCAGAGAGAGAGGCUGGAAAAACUAAAGAAGUUGUUUCAAGACAACUCAAGGCUAUUGCUGGUACAGUAUGUCACUCUGUGCUUUAUGGUUUUGUCUUGCUGAUCCAAUUUCAGGCCCAGGAGGUCCAUCAUCAGCUGAGAGGCUGGCUCAAAGAUAACGUCUCAGCGGCUGUUGCUGGUUCAACUCGAAUUAUCUAUGGAGGUUCUGUGAAUGCCAAGAAUUGUCAAGAGUUAGCUAAGGAAGGUGAUGUGGAUGGUUUUCUUGUUGGAGGUGCAUCUCUUAAACCUGAGUUUGUACAGAUCAUCAAUGCCAGGUUGUGAUGUGAUGUAGGUUUAGAUUUUAGUGUUGUGAAAGCAUCUCUAGAAAUUAAGGAAGUAAUAUGGUAGUAAAAUAAACAGAGCCUGUAUCUGGAGUUAACAAUUAAACUAAGAAUAUUGUGUUGUUUUA